AUGGGCACAGACAACAUCGUUGUGAAUAAGCACACGCUUGAGGGUCUUGACCUCGGCGACCCUCACACCAUCCAGCUCAUUCAACGCGCUCAAGAUGGAAACGCCGCCGACAGAGAUCUCACCAUUCGCCAGGCCCUCAAGAAGUACAGAAAGGCUGUAUUCUGGUCUUUGAUCCUGUCAAUCAGCUUGGUCAUGGAGGGUUAUGACCUGGUGAUGCUCGGAUCCUUCUACGGUCUUACCCAGUUCCAAGACCAUUUCGGCGAGUACAGCGCUGUAGAGGGCAAGAAGGUCAUCUCACCUGCUUGGCAAUCCGGUCUCUCCAACUCGUCGCAAGUAGGACAAUUGGCUGGUCUUCUGAUCAACGCUUGGGCGCAAGAUAAAUUCGGUGCUCGAACUACAAUGAUGGUCUUCAUGGCGUAUCUUGUGGGCACCAUCUUCAUUCUUGCUUUCGCGCCGUCGCUGUCUAUCCUUGCGUUUGGUGAAGCACUUUGCGGUGUUGCGUGGGGUGUUUUCCAGACUCUGUCUACUACCUACGCUUGCGAAGUCGUCCCCACGAUCCUCCGUCCAUACGUCACCGCAUGGGUCUGCAUGUGCUGGGGCCUCGGUAUCCUCAUCUCAUCAGGCGUCGUCCGCGCAUGCCUAAACAUCGAGGGUAACUUGGCCUGGAAGCUGCCCUUCUAUCUUCAGUGGGUCUGGCCCGUACCAUUAUUCUUCGUGGCGUACUUCGCUCCCGAGUCUCCCUGGAACGCCGUCCGUCGUGGUAAACUCGAGCUCGCGAAGACAUCCCUCCGACGACUUGCAUCAGAUGAUGGAGAUAGAGAGGGAGAGAUUGAGGCGAGCUUGGCGUAUAUCCAACAUACCACUGCUUUGGAAAAGGCAGAGACUGGUGGAGCUUCGAUUCUCGAGUGCUUCAAGGGCACCAACCUCCGUCGAACCGAAAUUAACUGCGUUGUCUGGGCCGCCCAGAUCCUCUGCGGAAACGCCAUUCUCGGGUUCGUCGUCGUCUUCCUCCAAGCCGCAGGCUGGUCCCAAGUCCAGUCAUUUAACCUUAACAUCUCCCUCUCCGCAUGCUACAUCAUUGGCGGCAUGAUCUGCUGGGUUCUCCUCCCUCGAUUCGGACGCGCGACUAUCUAUAUGAGUGGCCUCGUGUUUAUGUUCUGCUGCCUUAUUGCUAUCGGAGCGCUCGGAUGGUCGACCAGCAAAGACGCUUACCUUGCUAUUGGCCUACUGUUUGUGGUCUCGACUCUUUGCAACAUGAUCACCAUUGGGCCGGUGUGCUAUCCCAUUGUGGCUGAGACUCCUUCUGGACGGCUUAGGUAUAAGACUAUUGUCAUUGGAAGGUUUGUGUAUAACCUAACCGCCAUCUUCAAUAACUCUGUUACGCCAAGGAUGAUUUCGGCGUCUGGCUGGGGCUGGGGUGCGAAGACAGGUCUUUUCUACGCCGGAACUAAUGCACUCUGUCUCAUCUGGUGCUGGUUCCGUCUUCCCGAAACAAAGGACCGUACCUUUGGUGAGAUCGACAUUCUGUUCGAGAACGGAGUACCAGCAAGAAAGUUCAAGUAUACCAAAGCUGACCAAUUUGCCCUUGAGAGUGACUAUGUAUCGGAAAAGGUUGGGCCUGCUGUCGAUCAUAAGGAUUAA